CACAGAGUUGGACGGAUGGAGUGCUUUAGAAAAAGUUCAACACCUUUGAUUCUCCUUCCCUUUGUUUAUAACUUCUCUCUAUUGCAGAACAUGUGCCUUUGCGGACUACUCUCACUUUCAUUAUCGGUUCACUUGAUUUGCUGCAUAGAGGUCUUUUUCUCUUUGGUCCUUUUGAUGCAAUCACCAGACCUGCUUACCGUGGAUGGGAGAUAUUUUUACUUCCUUGGAUUGCUUGAUGGUGACGGAGUUUGGCUGUUUGCAUUGCAAGUUAUCAGUGAGUUGUGCUCCUCUUGUGUUUUCACUGCCUUGCUGCUCUAUCUUGGCUCAAAAAAUGAGAUCUCUUUACUAAUACUACCGCAUCUGUUCUGGCAGUAUGCCUAUAUUGUUGUUUCGUUAAUGUCAUGUAUUUCAGUACUUGUGAUGCUCGGAUUCUAUGGAAAAAUGCUGAUUCCAUCAAGUAUUGUGUUAAGCUUAAUGCUUCUCAUACCAGGUGCCGGUUUUGAGAUAUGGUGGAGCAAUUUGACUCUUUGCUAUUAUCGACAUCUGAAAACGAAGAACGAGUACAAGUUACGAUUAGCUUUAGAAUCAAACACUUUAUCGCCGGACUUGGUUUCUACGCCUAUAUAG